AGGAUCGACGGCGAUCGGUCGGAUUAGUCGCCGGAGUAUUUGCGGUCGAGCAUGUUCGGGACGUAAAUUUUGCGGCGUGUCUCUCUCGUGUCGUCUCGAACUCGUAAGCUUUCCCCUUCCUCCCCAACCUCUCCCUUCGUUUGUCACCGUUUCUGGGUACGAGUGGUGUAAGGCGUGUUGUGAGAAAUUUGUAAAUAGUUAUAAUCAGAAAGGAGAUCUGUAUAUCCUGUUCAUAAUGCCGUAUUACAAUAGUAACCACAGUCCCGCUUAUAACAAAGAUGGCGGUUCCAGCGGGCCGUCGAGCACUUCUGGUGGUCGUGCCAGCAGUUCGGAACCGACGUAUAUGAUGGAGCACCUAGCCACGUUCACUGUCACAAAGGAAACCGGUAUUGUUUAUCCAGCAGAUGGUAUGCGCCGGCUUCUACAACUGGAGAAAAGUAAUGGCAUUUGGAGUCAAAAAAUGCAGCUUCGUCUAGAACGAAACUGGGUUCUUAUCAUGGACAAUGAAACAGGGGCUGUCAUGGAACGAUUCCCGGCUUCCUUGAUACAGGAACCGACGGCGUUUACGUCGAGGGAUCCCAUGGAGAUGUACAAUAAUAUUUUAGUCUUCACGGUGGCCGAUGACAGUGGUUCUGGCCAGCGAGCAGAGAUGCACAUAUUCCAAUGCCAGAGUGUAUCGGCACAGGAUCUUGUCGAGGACUUGAAGAUGUUGCAAAUGGGAAAACUUGUUACGGGUGGUUCACCCAGAGGUCCUAGAGGUCACAUUCCACCUCCGCCGACCUUACCGCCCCCGGAACCACCUUUGAACGGCGUUAACGUCAGAGAACAAGUGUCCGCUUUCAACACGGCGAGUGCAGACAGUCAAAAUGACAUUUCCCGAGAAGAAAACAACGAUGAGGUGUCAUCAACGUCAUCAGAGAAAUACGAGCGCGAUGUGACGAUUCUGAAUCACUGCUUUGAUGACAUCGAGAAGUUCAUCGCGCGUCUGCAGCACGCAGCUGCUGCGUCACGAGAGUUGGAACGUCGACGACGUAACCGGAAAUCGAAAAAGAGAAACCUUGGCGACGGUAUGCUGACGAUGAGGGCGAAACCACCACCUGAGAUGGAAUUUAUUGAUAUAUUCCAGAAAUUUAAGCUUUCGUUCAAUCUGUUAGCCAAGCUCAAAGCGCAUAUCCACGAUCCCAAUGCGCCAGAACUUGUGCACUUUCUCUUCACGCCGCUCGCACUCAUCGUAGAUGCAUCCCACGACACCAAUUACGAUCCGAAUUUACCUAGCAAAGUGGUGUCGCCACUUCUCACGCGAGAAGCCGUCAAUCUAUUAAUAAACUGUGUAACCAGCAAAGAAACCGAACUCUGGCAUUCGCUAGGCGACACGUGGCUAAUACCACGCGAUCAAUGGAAAGGUCAUGUACCGCCUUAUCAUCCAAUUUUCAUGGAUGGUUGGUCACCGGAAUAUCCUAUCCCCGAGGAUAGAGACCACGAUCACUUGGCGUCCUUACUAAACGCAGAUAAACAGAAGAGAGAUGAGUUACCAGAACAGCAGAAUGAUCCUUACUAUAAUCACCGUGAUGUAGAUGAGUCGCAUUAUAGUAGCGAUUAUCUAGAGUAUGAAAGUCGAGAGGAGCGCGGCGGUAACGAGUACUUUGAGAGAAAUUACGGACCUAGUUCGGAGUUAUACGGUAGAGAGGAGAGAGUAGAUCAGACCAGGGCGCAUAGCGACAUUUCUGUGGAUUCGAUUGAGAGAGCUCCUCGAACGUCUGCUGGUAUAGACAGAGCGCAGGAAGCUUGGUUGGAUGAAUUGGCAGCGCGCCAUGCCAAAAUAGUACAAGUUACCUAUCCGCGAACGGCAAACAACGACAAGGAGCUCACUGUAGUCAGGGGCGAAUAUUUGGAGAUCCUUGACGACAGCAGGAAAUGGUGGAAGGCGAGAAAUUCUCGGGGACAGGUUGCUCACGUGCCGCACACUAUCGUUACAUCGCAUAAUUCCACCGCUCAUACUGCUGACAAUGAUGUUUUCAACAAUCCUUUGUAUACUAGCAGAUAUCCGAGGCAGGGACACGGCUAUAAUUAUGAGGAUUCGGAGAUCGAAAGAACCAGCACUAGUCCAGGACCAGAAGCCACUCAUCGAGCACACGCGAUUCCACCACCAGCGCCUGCUGAUUGGGUGAGAAAAGAAAGACUCGGGAAAAAAGACAACAUUAAUGCUUACAAUGAAACCAGUAACAGCAGCAGAUCAAGUAUUUCCUCCACUGAAAGCAUCUCUGAAUCACAUGGAAAACUCAACACACAACAAAGUAUCGUGGAAGUGCAUUCCCCGCCUCGCGAUGUAAUACCAGAUGUAAUAUCCGAUAAGCCAGCGCCACUGCUUGUGCCAGCAAUAUCUGCAUUAACAUUUACACCAAAAUCAACAUUAGCUACAUCAAAAUCGGCACCAAUAUUACCUAUAUUGCAAUCAUCACCAGCACUAUCUUCACCGAAAUCAGCGCCCGCAUCACCUGCGUUAGCUUCGUCAAAGAUAUCUUCAACGCCUCCACCACCACCUCCACCACCACCACCGACGCCAAUAAGACCUAUUCCGCCGCUACAAACUCAAAAAUCUGCGCCUUCAACAAUUUCUAUUCCCAAAACGGAAUUUUCCAAAAAUAUUAAAUUUUUCAAUGGCACUUCCGGCCAAGAUGAGGUUCAAAAAGAGCUCAAGUUUGUCUUGACGAUGUUGCGAGAAAAGAAAGCAAGUUCUUCUCUUAGCAGUGAUAUGCGGGAGAUUUGGGUGAAUCAAUACUCGACCUCUCGAGAAAUUCAAAUUUGGUUGACGGCCAAAGGAUUUUCGGAGAAAGUUUGCAAACAAUUGGAAGAUAUAAACGGCAUGGAAUUAUUUAAUUUAUCGCGAAGACGAUUGGAACAAAUGUGUGGAUUGUCCGAGGGAAGCAGGCUCAACGGUCAAUUGACUUUAGCGAAAAAUGAAUGCGAGUACAAAACAGCUCGAUCAUCGGAACUCAAGCAAAUUUUAGAAAAAGCGCGCCAAAGAGCAGAAGAGUUAAACGAUAAAUGAAGUAAAACAGUGAAUCAUAUAUUCUGUAAAUCAUAUGUUCCUUACAUUACGCAUUGUGCGAAAAUAAUGCAAAUAUGAUGAAUUACUAGAAACUGCCUUCUGAGAUAUUUUCAUAAAUAUUGAUUUUA